AUGUCAGAAUACUCCAAAGCAGCACUCUAUGAGAUAAUCGAGAAGCCACUCGAGGAAGAUUUCGGAAUUGCAUUCGUUAACACCACCUAUGUUGCCGCUGUCUACGAGAUCCAAAACAUGGAAACUGGGUUGACUGAAUGGAAUCAGAGUGGUCUUGUGAUGGGAAUCUCGUUUGGUACAAUCAUUGUCGGGUCGAUGGUUACAAUCUUUUUCUGUGUUGGCAGAGUUUGGAUGAAAAAGGAGUUGUUCAAGGCGCAAUGUUUGCAGGUGAAAAAGCAAAGCGCCUUCAGAAAGUUUCUAAAACUUCCGCGAAAGUGUCUAAUAACGAAGAGAUACGGUUUUUUUCAUUUCUCGCGUUCACAUACGAUUUCUAUUUCAAAAUCACUGUAG